AUUUUUAUUUUCAUAAAAAGUUGCGGAUGGAAAUGUGAUAUUGUGAAUUAACACGUGUUUUUAUUUCUGUCAUUUAAUAAUUACUUUUAUUAAUUAUGGGAAAAGCUAAGAAAGUUCGUGUUUCAAAGGGAGAUACUCUUCCAGCUAAAGUACCUCUAGCAGAUCAACUUGAAGGAGAUGGUAUUGUUAAAUCCAAAAAUCGUAAUAAAAUACGUUUCCGGGCUGAAGAAGAUGAGGAAUUUAUUAAUCCAAAAGUAUCCAGUAGAGUGAUUAAGUUAACAAACCAGCAGCGUAAAGAAGAAGAAAGCGAAGGUGAAAAAAGUAACGAAGGAAAAAAAGCUCUGCUAACUCUUGACGAAGAUGAAGAAGAGUAUAAAAUGAGUGAUGAUGAACAAAUAACCGGGAAUGAAUACUACGAUGACAUUAAAAUCGACGAACAAGAUGAACGAGCGCUGGAGUUGUUCAUGGACCGCGGUAGAGCACCGACGAGAACACUCGCCGACAUAAUCCUCGAGAAGUUAGAGGAGAAAAAAACAGAAAUCCAGUCCCAGUUUUCUGAAAUAGGCUCCAUACAGAUGGACGACAUGCACCCGCUCUUAAAAGAGUCUUUCGAAAAAAUGAAGCCAAUAUUAUCUGUGUACAGAAGCGGUGCGUUGCCGAAAUUAUUCAAGUUCAUACCUUCUAUGAAAAACUGGGAACAAGUACUUUACAUACUAGACCCGCCCAGCUGGACAGCCGCUGCUAUGUACCAAGCUACACGUAUCUUUGCCUCGAAUCUCAAGGAAAAUAUGGCGCAGAGGUUUUAUAACUUAGUUUUGCUUCCGCGUGUUAGAGAUGAUUUGGCAGAGUACAAACGUUUGAACUUCCAUUUGUAUCAAGCGGUCAGGAAAGCUUUGUAUAAACCCAGAGGGUUCAUGAAAGGCUUCCUCUUGCCGCUUUUGGAGUCCGGUGACUGCACUCUGAGAGAAGCUAUUAUCAUCGGGUCAAUAGUUGCAAAAAACUCGAUUCCUAUGUUGGAGUCAGCGGCUGCUCUGUUGAAAAUUGCGGAGAUGGGGUACACUGGAGCUAAUAGUAUUUUUAUUAGAAUAUUUUUGGAUAAAAAAUACGCUUUGCCCUACCGUGUAGUUGAUGGUGUGGUUUUUCAUUUCCUGAGGUUUGAAAGAGAUACCAGAGAAUUACCAGUUCUAUGGCACCAAGCUCUUUUAACAUUCGCUCAGCGUUACAAGAGUGACAUCAGUUCAGAGCAAAGAGAAGCGCUGUUGGAAUUAUUGAAGCGACAAUAUCAUCACACACUUACCCCAGAAAUACGACGAGAGUUACAACACGCAAAGUGCCGCGAUGUUGAAGGUAUCGAGCCCAUGGAAGCGAAUUAACUUUUUUUUUUUUAUAAUAAAUUUUACAUGUAUUUAAAGCACAAAAUUGUUAAUAAAAAUAAAAAAAGGCAAU